CGCGGAGGUGAGCGAGCCGCCCCGGCCCCGCCGCCAUGUGGGGCGCCCCGGACGAGAGCUCCGUGCGCGUGGCCGUCAGAAUCAGACCCCAGCUUGCCAAAGAGAAGAUCGAGGGGUGUCAUGUCUGCACCUCAGUCACGCCGGGGGAGCCCCAGGUCUUCCUGGGCAAGGAUAAAGCCUUCACCUUCGACUACGUGUUCGACAUCGCGUCCCAGCAGGAGCAGAUCUACGCGCAGUGCGUGGAGAAGCUCAUCGAAGGCUGCUUCGAGGGCUACAACGCCACCGUGUUUGCCUACGGGCAGACGGGCGCCGGCAAGACCUACACCAUGGGGACGGGCUUCGACGUCAGCCUGGCGGAGCAGGAACAGGGCAUCAUCUCCCGGGCCGUGCGGCACCUCUUCAGGAGCAUCGAGGAGAGGAAGCAGGCGGCGCUGGAGAGCGGGCUCCCUUCGCCGGACUUCAAAGUGAACGCACAGUUCUUGGAGCUGUACAAUGAGGAGGUCCUCGACCUGUUCGACACCACCCGCGACAUGGACGCCAAGAACAAGAAGUCUGGCAUUCGCAUUCACGAGGACGCAGCCGGGGGCAUCUACACCGUGGGCGUCACCACGCGCACUGUGACCACGGAGUCUGAGAUGAUGCAGUGCCUGAAGCUGGGCGCCCUGUCCCGUACCACGGCCAGCACCCAGAUGAACGUGCAGAGCUCCCGCUCGCACGCCAUCUUCACCAUCCACCUGUGCCAGACCCGGCUGUGUCCGCCCGCCGACGCCGAGGUCCCCGCGGACAGCAAGGAGAUGGCGGAGUCACCGCAGAUGAACGAGUUCGAGACCCUCACGGCCAAGUUCCACUUCGUGGACCUGGCGGGGUCCGAGCGGCUGAAGCGCACGGGGGCCACGGGCGAGAGGGCCAAGGAGGGCAUCUCCAUCAACUGUGGGCUGCUGGCGCUGGGCAACGUCAUCAGCGCGCUGGGGGACCGGAGCAAGAGGGCCACGCACGUGCCCUACCGGGACUCGAAGCUCACGCGCCUGCUACAGGACUCACUGGGUGGCAACAGCCAGACGGUCAUGAUCGCCUGCGUCAGCCCUUCCGACCGGGACUUCAUGGAGACCCUGAACACCCUGAAAUAUGCCAACCGCGCCCGCAACAUCAAGAACAAGGUGAUGGCCAACCAGGACCGGGCCAGCCAGCAGAUCAGCGCGUUGCGUGGGGAGAUCACACGGCUGCAGAUGGAGCUCAUGGAGUACCGGACCGGUAAAAGGAUCAUCGACGAGGAGGGCAUGGAGAGCGUCAACGACAUGUUCCACGAGAACGCCAUGCUGCAGACGGAGAACAGCAACCUGCGCGUGCGCAUCAAGGCCAUGCAGGAGACCGUGGACGCCCUGAGGGCCAGGGUCACGCAGCUGGUCAGCGAGCAGGCCAGCCAGGUGCUGGCCAGAGCAGGUGAUGGACACGAGGAGGUCAGCAACAUGGUGCACAGCUACAUCAAGGAGAUCGAGGACCUGAGGGCGCGGCUGCUGGAGAGCGAGGCGGUGGGCGCGGCCCUGCGGCGGAGCCUGGCCCGGGCGGCCGCGCGGGGCCCCUACUUCGGCGCGGGCGGCGCGGCGGACCGGGAGGCGGCGGCGGUGCUGGACCUGGCGCGGCGCGACCUGCAGCGGCUCCGGCGGCGCGAGCAGCGCAAGAGGCGCAGGCUGCAGAGACUGGAGGAGGACCGUGCCGAGGACCACAGUGUGGCUGCUAUGGAGGACGGCGCAGACCCUGGCCAAGAGAAGGGCGAGGAGGCGGGCGCUCCCGAGAGCGCGGGCAGCCAGAUGGAGGCGGAGGAGAGCCAGGAUGCCGGCCAGCAGGAGGACGAGGACGAGGACGAGGAGGAUGAGGAGGACGGGGCUGAGAGCUCUGAUGAGUCCGACUCGGAGUCCGACGAGAAGGCCAACUACCAGGCCGACCUGGCCAACAUCACCUGCGAGAUCGCCAUCAAGCAGAAGCUGAUCGACGAGCUGGAGAAUAGCCAGAGGCGGCUGCAGACGCUCAAGCGGCAGUACGAGGAGAAGCUGGUGACCCUGCAGCACAAGAUCCGCGACACCCAGCUGGAGCGGGACCAGGUGCUGCAGAGCCUGGGCUCUGUGGAGUCCAACUCGGAAGAGAAGGCCAAGAAGGUCAAGUCCGAGUACGAGAAGAAGCUGCAGGCCAUGCAUAAGGAGCUGCAGCGGCUGCAGGCGGCGCAGAAGGAGCAUGCGCGGCUGCUGCGCAGCCAGUCCCAGUACGAGAAGCAGCUCCAGAAGCUGCAGCAGGACGUGGCAGAGAUGAAGAAAACCAAGGUUCGCCUCAUGAGGCAGAUGAAAGAAGAACAGGAAAAGGCCAGGCUGAGCGAGUCCAGGAGGAACAGGGAGAUCGCGCAGCUCAAGAAGGAUCAGCGGAAACGAGACCAUCAGCUGCGGCUGCUGGAGGCGCAGAAGAGAAAUCAAGAGGUGGUGCUUCGGCGCAAAACCGAAGAGGUGACGGCGCUGCGCCGGCAGGUGAGACCCAUGUCUGAUAAAGUGGCCGGGAAGGUCACUCGGAAGGCCGGCUCGUCCGAGGGCCCCGCCCAGGACACAGGGCCCAGCGCGGCAGCCGGAGACGCGGAGGCCAGCCGGGCGGGGACCCCACCGAAGGGCCGGGUCCCCGUGGCCAGAGUGCAGGCCUUGCCCUCGCCCAGCGCCAACGGAGCCAGGAAGCAGCCCCAGAGGACAGGCCUGCCCGGCCGCGCGGUCACCUCCAGGACCGCGCGCAUGAAGUGGCAGCUGCUGGAGCGCAGGGUGACGGACGCCAUCAUGCAGAGGAUGACCGUCUCCAACAUGGAGGCCGACAUGAACCGGCUGCUCAAGCAACGGGAGGAGCUCACCAGGAGGCGGGAGAAGCUGUCGCGCAGGAGGGAGAGGACGGCCCGGGAGGACGGCGAGGGUGAGCGGGGCGCAGCCAGCGUGCAGGAGGAGCUGGAGGCGCUGGCCGCCAACAUCGACUACAUCAACGAUAGCAUCUCCGAAUGCCAGGCCAGCAUCAUGCAGCUGGAGGAGGCCAAGGAGGAAGGAGAGACGCUGGACGCGGCCGCAGUCAUCAACGCCUGCACGCUCCUGGAGGCCCGGUACCUGCUGAACCACUUCCUGUCCAUGGGCAUCAGCAAGGGGCUGCAGGCUGCGCAGAAGGAGGCGCAGAUCCAGGUCCUGGAGGGCCGGCUGAAGCAGACGGAGAUCACCAGCGCCACCCAGAACCAGCUGCUGUUCCACAUGCUAAAGGAGAAGGCGGAGCUGAACCCCGAGCUGGAGGCCUUCCUGGGCCCCGCCCUGCAAGGUCUGGGUGGCCAGCCGCCAGAAAACGGGGAGGACAGUAGCGACGAGGAUGCCCCUUUAAACAGCCCGGGGUCCGAGGGGAGCUCACUGUCCGCGGACCUGAUGAAGCUCUGUGGGGAGGCGAAGCCCAAGAGCAAGGCGCGGCGGCGGACGACCACGCAGAUGGAGCUGCUGUAUGCGGAGAGCGGCGAGGGCGCCCCGGACGCGGGGGACGCCUGCCCGCCCGGGCCCGCGCCGCUGGAGGAGGCCGGCAGCCCCGCGCCCACGGGGGGCCCUGUGGCCGGGGAGCGAGAGCCCGUGCCCCCCAAGCCAGGAGGCCUCUCCCGGCAGCCGUCCAUGUCCGAGAAAAGGGCCCCGGGGCCUUCCCCCCUCAGCCGGCGAAAGACCUAUGAGAAAGAGAAGCCGACGCCCAAGGAGCAGAAGCUCUCAGAUUCUGGGACCUCAGAGGCUAGUCUCUCACCUCCUCCUUCCCCGCCAAGCCGGCCCCGUAGCGAGCUGAGUGUCUUUAAUCGACUUACUGUUUCUCAGGGAGCCCCGUCAGCCCCGCAGGAUAAGUCUGGUGAAGGUGACCCCUCUCCGGCCGAGGCCCUCAGGGGCACCAUCCACCCGUUCCCGGCCCCCAAGGGCGUCCGCACGUCCCCGCUGCAGUGCGUCCACGUGGCCGAGGGGCACUCGAAAGCCGUGCUGUGCGUGGACUGCACCGACGACCUGCUCUUCACGGGAUCCAAAGAUCGGACGUGCAAGGUGUGGAACCUGGUCACGGGGCAGGAGAUCAUGUCGCUGGGCGGCCACCCCAGCAGCGUGGCCUCCGUCAGCUACUGCAGCUACGCGAGCCUGGUCUUCACCGCGUCCACCUCGCACAUCAAGGUGUGGGACAUCCGGGACUCGGCCAAGUGCGUCCGCACACUGACGUCCUCCGGCCAGGCCAGCCCCGGGGACGCGUGCGCGGCCGGCGCCGCCCGCUCGCCGGCCACCGCCUCGGGGGAGAGCCCCGUCGCCCGGAUCGCGCUCAGCCCCGCGGGCGCCGCCCUCUACGCCGCGGCCGGGACCGCCGUGCGCCUGUGGGACCUCCGGAGGUUCCAGUCCGCGGCCCGGCUGGCCGGGCACCUGGGCCCCGUGAUGUGCCUGGCGGUGGAGCGUCUGUCCGGCGGGCAGGACCUGGUGGUCACCGGCUCCAAGGACCACUGCGUGAAGAUGUUCGAUGUGACGGAAGGGGCCCUGGGCACCGUGGCCCCCUCCCACAGUUUUGAGCCCCCCCACUACGACGGCAUCGAGGCGCUGGCCCUGCACGGGGACAGCCUGUUCAGCGGCUCCAGGGACAACGGCAUCAAGAAGUGGGACUUGGCGCAGAAGGGCCUUCUGCAGCAAGUGCCCAACGCACAUAAAGACUGGGUGUGCGCCCUGGGCGUGCUGCCCGGGCCGCCCGCCCUGCUCAGCGGCUGCAGGGGUGGCGUCCUCAAGCUCUGGAACCUGGACUCAUGCCUGCUCCUCGGGGAGAUGAGAGGCCACGACAGCCCCAUCAAUGCCAUCUCCGUCAACGCCACCCAUGUCUUCACGGCCUCCGACGACCGAACCGUGAGGAUCUGGAAAGCUCGCAGCCUGCAGGACGGCCAGGCGCCUGACGCGGGGGACCCGGGGGAGGACGGCGCCAGCGUCUGAGGCGGCAAGCGGGAGCCGGCGGUGCCGUGUGGCCCUCGUGCCUGCUCCGGGUCAGGUCCUGGGCAGGUCAGCUGCAGGCGCCCCUAAGCCCACUCCCGAGGGCUCUGCUGGCCGGCGCCGUCCCGCCACGCAUGUGCAUCUGUGCUGACCGCCCCGCCUCGCGCCGCUGAGCUCCAGGUACAGCCCUCCAGUCCGCAGAUGAGCCCAGGGCCCGUGACCUGCAGCUGCGCACGGCUGUCCCACGGCGCCCUAGAAACACCCACCGGGCGGUGUCUGGGGGUUCCCCACCCCCGGGGGCCGCCCGGUGCACAGGAAGUGGAGAUGUGAAACGCCGUCCGUGCGCUGUGGACCCCGGUCUGUGCCGGCACAGGUGGCCUGUGCCCCGCGCAUCCGGGGCCCACGACGUGUCGCUGCACUUGUGCGUGCUGGGCACCCCCCGCCCCGGCCCUCCAGGCUCCACGUCCACCGGCCCCCGACAGCGUGACGUCCUUCCGGAAAUCUAUUUUGAUCGGUUUUCCCCUGGAGUUGCUCCUGUAUUGCUGUUUGAUUUCAUUUUCUGUUUAACAGUCGCGUCUCCUCCCUUGUCUAACGUUGUCUGCGCCGCUGAGCGGGUUUCAAACACGCCGUGUCUGCGGCCGGGCCAGAGCGGCCGCCGGGUGCCCGGGUGCCCGGGCGGGGCAGAGGCGCCUCCUCGCCGUGUGGACUUCUAAACGCUGUAGAUUGGAUUUUACAAAAGGAUGUAUAAUUUAUCUGUCUGCUGAGAACUUUAAUUUGUAAAUUCUGCAAAUUUAAUUUUGUGUAGAUGGUUUAACAUUGGAAAAUACUGUCUUGGGUACCGCAGCCCUGGAAGCGUUUGCCGUAGAUGCGAGCUUAGCUGGGGCUCAAUAAACACGCCGCUGCC